CCCACUGAAGCCAUAUAAAGCCUCUGGAGGCAUACUGCUGUGCAUUUGUGAUCAUGAAGGCUGUCCUCUUUGCUCUGCUGGCCACCAGCCUGGCCUUGCAGCCAGGUGCCGCCCUGCAGUGCUACUCCUGCACUGCCCAGGUGAGCAACAAUGACUGCCUGAAUGUGCAGAACUGCUCCCAGGACCAGAACAGCUGCUGGACGUCGCGAGUCCGUGCCAUUGGGCUUGUGAAGGUCAUCAGUAAGGGCUGCAGCUCAAAUUGUAUGGACGACUCGGAGAACUACUACUUGGGCAAGAAGAAUGUCACGUGCUGCUACACUGACCUGUGCAAUGUCAGCGGGGCCCACACCCUGCAGCCAGCCACUGCCCUGGGGCUGCUCACUGCCCUUGGUAGCCUGCUGCUGUGGGGCUGUAGACAUUAGUAGGUACCAAGAGGGCCCUACUACUGCACCCUAGAAUAGGCAGGGAUGCCCAGGGCCCCGCCAACUCCAGUUUAGGCCUCCUCUGGUCCCCACAGGUGUGUGAUGACAUGGAGCUGGCCCUGGCCCUGCCCCUGCCCAGGUUUCCCUUCAGCCUCCCACCUCCCUGCCACAGCCCAAGGCUGCUAUUUCCACAGCUGGCAUUUUGUCCCAUCAUCGGCAUUCCAUCCCGCCAGCUCCACUCGGGUGCCUCUGCCGCAGGACAGACACCCUUGCCAUCCUCCCCUUCGGGAGCUGAGCCAAACUGCAUGGCAGCAUGUGGUGAGGGCCGGGUGGGGGCUGAGUAGAGGUGAGGUCGGCAUGUUGGUGUGAGGUCUUGGGAGUCCUAAUAGAUGAGGCUUUGGAGUGGGGUGGGGCUUGGUCCAUGUUCAUGGCAUGCCAGAGCACAGUGGGCCUGUAAUAAAUGCCUUUUGGGUGAG